AUGAAGCAGAUCUUAAAGCCAAAGGGAAAUACCCCAUCAAUAAUUAUAUAUCUCUCAAUAGAUUAUCAGAGUCACGUGUACACUAAGCAGUUGGCUGACAUAUCUAUCCCUAACAGUGUAACUGAAACACUAGAAGACCCAAAAUGGAAAGAAGCUAUGAAUGAAGAAAUGCGAGCUCUCCAAAAGAAUGCCACAUGGGAACUCGUGCCCUUACCUUAUGGAAAGAAGACAGUAGGAUGCAGGUGGAUUUAUACUGUGAAACUCAAAGCAGAUGGAUCUGUUGAAAGAUAUAAAGCUAGAUUGGUGGCGAAUGGGUACACAUAG